CAGCUGGGGCCCUCCCCGUCUCCAGAGCACUGUCCCUUAGCAACAGUCUCGGCAGGCAGGACGCACAACUAACACUGGGCAUCCCAGCAGGCAGGAAUACGGGACAGACGCAGGCCAGCUGCCCGAGCCCCAACCCAGCAUGGAUACUGUGGACGCCACCAUGGAGCAGCUCCGGGCACAGUGCCUGUCCCGAGGGGCCACGGGCAUUCAGGGCCUGGCCAGUUUCUUCCGCCGCCUGGACCGGGAUGGGAACAGACGCCUGGACGCAGGGGAGCUCCGGCGGGGCCUGGCUGAGCUGGGGCUGGCGCUGGCUGAGGCGGAGGCGGAGGGCGUGUGCAGGCGCUGGGACCGCGACGGCAGCGGGACGCUGGACCUGGAGGAGUUCCUGCGGGCGCUGCGGCCCCCCAUGUCCCAGGCCCGGGAGGCGGUCAUUGCAGCUGCGUUCGCCAAGCUGGACCGCAGCGGGGAUGGCGUGGUGACGGUGGACGACCUCCGGGGGGUGUACAGUGGCCGCGGCCACCCCAAGGUGCGGAGUGGGGAGUGGACAGAGGAGGAGGUGCUCCGCCGCUUCCUGGACAACUUCGACUCCUCCGAGAAGGACGGGCAGGUCACGCUGGCAGAAUUUCAGGACUACUACAGCGGUGUGAGCGCCUCCGUGGACACGGAUGAAGAGUUCGUUGCCAUGGUGACCAGUGCCUGGCGGCUGUGAGCAGCACACGGCUGGGCUGUGCCACCCUGGCAUACACCCCCUCCC